AUGCCCUCCAAACCUAUUGAAUUCAAGACGAUUGACCGCACUACUUUGCGGGGACACCUCUACACCCCCUCCUCCAGCCACAAUGCCACCGGCAAACCCCUCCCCUGCCUCGUAAUGGCGCACGGCUGGUCCUGCGUCCAAGAAAUGGAACUCCCCAGCAUCGCCGAACACCUCACCUCCACGCUCCCCCUCGCGGUGCUAACCUACGACCACCGCAAUUUCGGCGCUUCAGAUUCCCGCGCAGGCGAUCCGAGGAGGGAGAUUGUGCCGGCGGAACAGGUGAACGAUUUGAACGAUGCGGUGACGUUUGUGGGCGGGUUGGAGGGGAUUGAUGCGGAGAGGGUGGGCGUUUGGGGGUAUUCGUAUGCUGGGGGGCAUGCAAUUUGUGCGGGGGCGGCGGAUCCGAGGGUGAGGGUUGUUGUGGCUACGGCGCCGGUGGUCAGUGGUUGGGGACAAGCGCAGAGGGUGAUUCCUCCAGGCUCAAGAGAGGCGGUUUGGGGGGCGUUCGCGGCGGAUCGCAAAGCAAGAGUCGACGGCGCCGAACCAGCACGCAUACCAGUUGUCUCUGAAGAUCCUGCUGCACCCUGUACGAUGCCAUCGCGAAGCGCACACGCGUGGUUUUCGAAGUGGGAGGGAAAGAGUUCCUGGGUAAACGAUCUCACAGUUCGAACGUCCUGGAUGGGAGCGUAUAUGGAGCCUGCUGGCGUCAUUCAAUACAUCAGUCCACGAUCUCUGUUGAUGCUGGUAGCCGAGACGGAUUGCGAAGCGCCGGUCGAGCUCGCUAUCGAUGCGUUUGAGAAGGCGAAGCAACCGAAACAGCUUGAGAUCCUUCCAAGAUGUGGGCAUUUCGACAUAUUCGACGGCCCGGUGUUUGAGAGGUUAUUGAAAGUGACCGUGGAAUUCUUGCAAGAGCGACUAUUGUCGUGA